AUGUCCAACCUAAACGUCCUCCUCCUCGGCGGCCACGGCAAGGUCGCCCUCCAUCUAACCCCCCUCCUCCUCGCCCGCUCCUGGAACGUCACCAGCGUGAUCCGCAACCCAGCCCACGAGUCCGAGAUCCUCGCGCUCGCAGACCCCUCCAAGGCCCGCGGAAAGCUCAACGUCCUUGUCUCCAGCCUCGACGAUAUAAAAACGUCCGCCGACGCCGCAAAGAUCAUCAGCCAGGUUGAUCCGGAUUACGUCGUUUGGUCCGCCGGCGCCGGCGGCAAAGGCGGCCCCGAACGCACCAUCGCCGUCGACGAAGUCGCAGCCAAAGCCUUCAUCGACGCAUCAUACCUACACCCGCGCGUGCGGAAAUUCCUCCUCGUCUCAUGGAUCGGAUCCCGGCGCAACAAGCCCUCCUGGUUCACCGACGCAGACUGGAGCCACAGCCGCAACACAUUCGACAACGUCCUGCCCACAUACGCGAAGGCGAAACUUGAGGCCGACGAGUACCUGACUGCUCAUGCGGCAGCGCGCACAAGGAAAACUGCGAGCGGGAAGAUGGGCGUGCUGGAUGCGAUUUGUCUUAGGCCGGGGCUUUUGACUGAUGAGCCGGCAACGGGGAAGGUUACCCUGGGCAAGACGAAGAGUGAGGGCAAGGUCUCGCGUGAGGACGUGGCCAGGGUUGCGGACGCGCUUUUGGCGAAGGAUGGGGCCAAAGGUUGGUUUGAUCUGCUGGGUGGCGAGGACGAGGUUGCGGAUGCGGUUGAGAGGGUUGUAAGGGACAAGGUUGAUGUUGUGGAGGGCGAGGACGUGGAUGGUAUGGUCAAGCGGUUUGGAUUGGAUGGUUAA